CUUGCAGGCAACGGAGCGGCCGGGCCGGGCCGCGCCAGCGCUGUCUCUCCGUGCCCGGAGGAGCCUCGGCCGCCGCUGCCCCCUUCACUCGCGGUGUCAUGGAGCCGUGCGGGGCGGCGGCGGGCGGUGAUGUCUGCAUGUGCCAGACCGUAUUCCCGGCGCACGCCAACCACCGCGGGGAGCUGAGCGCCGGGCAGCUCCUCAAGUGGAUGGACGCCACCGCCUGCCUCGCAGCUGAGAAACAUGCUGGUGUGUCUUGUGUGACAGCGUCCAUGGACGACAUACAGUUUGAAGAGGCUGCCAGGGUUGGACAAAUUAUUACCAUCAAGGCAAAGGUGAACAGAGCGUUCAAAACCAGCAUGGAGGUUGGCAUUAAGGUUACAGUGCAGGAUGUUUUGACUAAUGUUGAAAAAAUUGUGAGUGUGGCAUAUGCAACAUAUGUAGCCAAAGCAGUUGGUGCUGGAAAGAUUGAAUUAGAACCUGUAAAGCUUCUGUCUACAGAAGACCACCUGGAGCACACCCUGGCUAUUGAGAGAAGAAGAAUCCGACUGGGCUAUGAACAGGUCUUUCAGAACCUAAUGCAGGAGAGUAAUAAGGAAGAUACUUUUGAAGAGGAAGAUGCAGUUUCAACUGACCUUACUCAUGUACAGAGUAUUGAGCUUGUCCAGCCUCCUCAUGCCAACCAUCAUGGAAACACUUUUGGUGGCCAAAUCAUGGCUUGGAUGGAGACAGUGGCAAGUAUUUCAGCAAGCCGCCUUUGUCGUUCAUAUCCCGUCUUGAAAUCAGUCAAUAUGUUUAAAUUCUGGGGACCGUCCGUUGUGGGUGACCGCCUUGUCUUCAAUGCAAUUGUGAACAAUAUAUUUCAGAACAGUGUGGAGGUUGGUGUCCGUGUUGAGGCUUAUAACUGUGAAGAAUGGAUCAAGGACCAAGCACGGCAUAUUAACAGCGCGUUUCUCAUUUUUAACACUGUAAAUGACAAAGGAGAGCUGCUCACCUUCCCCAGAAUCAAACCUACUACAAAGGAUGGUAUGAGACGAUACCAUGGAGCUAUUGCCCGAAGGAGAAUUCGACUAGCCAGAAAAUGCAUGCUGUCUGCUAAAGAAGACAAACCUUCUGAUCUCUGGGACAGAAGCAACCAGGCAUAUGUGAGUUACAGCAAUGUAGCUGCACUGACACACCUGGCAGCAAAACCAGGAUGGGAAAUAACCAGUACACUGGAUGAUAUAAAAAUAUGGACUCAUGAGGAGGGUGAUGUGUUGUCACUCAAAGUUGAAAUGCAGGUGAAGAUACCAUCACAUCUAGCCUUCUCCCUUUUGUCUGACUUCACAUUCCGCCAACAAUGGGACAAACAUUUCUUAACUUGUGAGGUCCUACAGGCUGUGAAUGAAGAUGAGAAAAUAUAUUAUAUUACGUCUCCACCCAUGACUGGUCAUAAACCCAGAGACUUUGUGAUUCUUGUGUCUCAAAGGCAAACCUGUAAGCCAAGUGAACCCUACAUAAUAGCUGUAAAGUCAGUUACCCUCACGUCUAUGCCGCCUUCUUCAGAAUACUGCAGAAGUGAAAUCCUUUGUGCUGGAUUCCAGAUUUACAGUGAUAGCAACAGCUCUUGUACGGUGUGUUACUUCAAUCAAGUCACAUCAGGUGUUACGCCUUACUUUGCUGCAAAUCUUACUGGCUCAUCAAAAUCCAUUGAAGACACUGCUUUGGAAUGUAUAAAGUUCUUGGAACUGAAAGGCAGGAAGUACUGAAGUUAAAACUGGAUUUCGGAAGAGACCUUUAAAUAUUAUCAGGCAGUACUGGUUUAAAUUCCUGCAUGUGUGCUGAUCCUUUUUCCACAGGUUAGUUACUUUGGAUCAUGUAGCCAAUACUGGGCUUCAGUCUGAGAAUAUCUAGAACAAGCAUUUUCUAUCAAAUUAAGAUUAGGCCUUAGGCUCUACAUUCAGUUUUUAAUUUUAAAAAGAUUGAGGGACAGAUUCUGCUCUUGAUUACAUUAAUGAAUUUUACAUAAAUGGAGAGAGAUCUUGGCCCAGUGGAAGUGUAGCUCAUGAGACUUUUUCUCUGUUUUUAUGUUACAUUGAAUGUAAUGGCAUCCAGUCAGUUCUAAAUCAGUAAAUACCACCCUGUCUAAUUUGCAGAGAAGUGGUGCUACUAAGGAGCUUAUCCAGUGCUCUGACCUGGUUGGCCAGGUUCUUGCACAGCCAUUAUAUAUAGAUUACACCCCAUGUAAGUUAGUGUUUGCUAAUGUUUGUACUAUAUCUGUUAAUACUUGUAGUUUAUCUGUGACUUCCAAUAAAUUAUUGUUUCUGAGGUUACAAA